AUGGUGUCGAAAGUGGGCUUUAUCGUCUCACCCAAUGGCGAAGACGCCCUUCGAUUUGCCGGCAUCCUCAACGCUAUCCUCGGGAUGAGUCUGAGCUUCAUUGGCUUGCGGGCCGUGUAUAUCGUUCUGGGAACGACAAUCGGAGUAUCCUUGCUAUUCAAUUUCGUGAUGAUACUGGCUCAGGGGCAUGAGACACGCAUCAAGCUCAAGAAUAACCAGCCUGUCCGGCCCAGUCUGUUCGCCCUGGGCACCGAAUUCUUCGGUACAGGAGCCUUGCUCGUCAUGUAUGUCAUCUCGCUCGUGGACACAGUGGAGUUUGAUGGUAGUUGGUGGAAUGGUGGGAUGAUACUCAUCCACGCAUACUCUGGGCUCACCGGAUUGAUUGCUUGUAUUUUGCAUGGCUGCCUGGCGACGAAAAGGACAGCGCAAUAUCUCAACUAUUGCCGAAGCCUCAGCCAGUGCUGCCCUCAUUGCAAACGAGCUUUCGAUGCCAAGCUCCAGAUCCUUGCGAGGGACCCUUCGCCUCUCGCAUUGAGUCCCUGUGAGGCUCACUCCCCAAGAGGUAGCUUCGCUGCCAACACAACCGGAGAGGGGGAGAACGACAACUUGAUCAUGAAAGAAUGA